AUGAAUCCUGCCACGCAAGAUGCCAUCGAGACAUUGCGGCAGCUUCAGAAGCUCUCUAGAGAACUCCAACCGGUGAAGACGGCUUUGGCGGCACUAGUCAAACGUGAGCAGACAAAUCCAAACCCUUUAGCAGCAGCUGGAUCGCUGGAUAAAAUUGCGUCACGUGUGCUUAAUGUUUUUCGAAAGUACAGUGCCUUCUUUGAUCGGGCAUCCUUACUCUUGGAGCAUGAGCUGCCUCGUCUGCAGUGUAUGACGCCGCUUCUAGGGAUCAAAGAGGAGGAUGAAAAGAGGUCCACCUCUAACGUCCCAAAGAAAGAUGAUGAUGUUGCACAUGAUGCGUUUCGUUACGUUUGCUCACCAACGAUGCCGCAUAUAUUAAACAGGGCGAACUAUUAUAUAGUGUGUAGGAUGUUGCGUCUGCGCAUGGAGAUGGUUGACUACCUCAUCGCCACAGACCGCCAUCAGCUUGCGCGUCACGUUGCGGACGCCUACGGACUACCACUGUUUUGGUUUCCAACGCUUAUAUCACUAUUACUUCCUCCGCUUCCGCCAAUUCAUGGCGGAAGUAUCAGCGGCGCCAACACCAACGACAGCGCUAACGUCAAUAAUAAUUUAUAUGAUAAUCAGGGUAGGAAGUUGCAAUCCCUGCAUACCUUUACUUUUCUCACAGCGAGCCCGUCACAUUCCCAACAAGAGGAGCAGGGUGCAGCCUCCACUACGGUGGCGCCAGAGCACAUUGCCAUUCAGUGUAUUGAAGCACGACAUUCCGUCACUGAGGCCAUCGCGUACUGUGAGGAGCGACUUUUACCUGCAGCGGAGCGCAUUGAUGACAAGCGACGGCAAAAAGUUUUGGCGAUGUUGCAUGAUCUUUUGGUGGAACUCCAUGCUACAAGGCUGUUACAAAUUUUCCGAGAUGGAACAACCCCCGAACAGGCUGUUCUUCAAUACAUUGUAGCCCACCUUGUGCCACAUGCAUCACGGAGGUCAGCUUUUGUGCAAGCCAUUAUCAGUGCUGCAACACCGCAGAAUGAGCCCUACAGCUCUUCAGGAAUAAAUGCAGAGAAACCUUCGACAAGUGGCUGUGAAGAGCGUUGUGCGGCGAUGUCAAAAGCAAAAAGUUUGCUGUCAAAGAAGAACGAAGAGUCAGCACGUCUUGUGGCCUGUAUGAUGUCUGUAGAAGGCUACCACAAGCUUGCUGUGUCGUUUCACAAAGUGGCAAUAUUACUUGGAUCCCAACUUCUCUCGGUCAGUGAAGCCCUUGGAAGGUUUCAAGGUAAAGAAGGAGGGAGUGACGAAACGGGACGUGAUUGGACGCACCCGCUACCGGAUCUUGUGACGCGCGUGGUGGCAACAGCUAUAUUUUUGAAAGACGAGUACUUUGAUCGCAUGGUACUGGAACGACGUGCCGCCGUCUCUCCACUCGACCCGCCUAUUCUUAAAACUCACCUAAACACGCAAUCUGGUUCUGUCGCAUUUGAUCAAUCGAUGAUGACUCUGGUGGAAGAGACGCUUCGUAGUACCCUCAUUUCGGUUCGAGGUAAUGAAGACACCGGUACAGUGCCACUGACAGCGCAAGAACUUCUUGAAGCGGAGGAACGCUGGAGCAACGAUGUACUCUUUAUCAAACGCCCCACACGCUUUUACUGCUACCUGACAAAGGAAUGCCUUGAUGGUGGGACAGGUGGAAACUACCCAAUUGCACUUCCGAAUGGAACUGUUCUGUCUAAGCUGGCUGUCAUACAGUGUUGUAUGAAGAAAAACAGUGAAGGUGAUCGUUCUCAGAAUUUCGUGGUGUGUCCACGCACAAAGGAAGAGUUUUAUUUUUCAUCGUUGAGACGUAUAUUUGUCACAUGA